AUGAGUUCGAAGUCGCGAGCUCCCGGGUUGGAGAGGGGGGGUUCGGUGAAACGGGCAAGGGAGAUGCUAAAGGCUGGAAUGCGUCCCCAAUAUAAUGAUGAAUCGAAUAAGCCCCCGAGUGCUUCACACUCUGAGGAUGUGAGUGAAGGAGAAAUCAACAUCGGUUAUCAAGUCGACAGUGAUCAUAGAGAUCCCGUGCCGGCUAUGCCAAUCCAAGGAUUACAUGUGGUCAAACACACGGGCCCUCCGCCAACUUCAAGAAGAGGACCAUCGUCAUUAUAUUCUCGCCAUCCAUUUGUGUCCCCAAUUCCUGAAGAGUCACCACAGUGGGGAAGAAGUAAGAAGAAAGGAUCUUUUGCUUCGAGUGCUGCCAUUCCGUCUAGCUGGGGAUCUGAUGGACCUGUAUCCGAUGGACCUGUUUCCGAUAUCCUAAAUUUUUAUGACUCGGGCAAUGAUUCGGAUGGAGAUCGCGAUCCAUCGACUCUCGUACGCCAUGCGAGCUUAGGGAAACGUGGAAAGCCAGCACUGCGUACCAUCAGCAAACCACAAUCUGGAGUAGCUGCAGGAGAGAAAAGCAUGCCAAGUGGUCCUGUGCGUGACGAGCAAGACCAAUCUAGUGGACAUACUAAUCCAGGAAAUUUAAAAACCCGACCAUCAUUUGAGUCUGCCUCAACCGACACAGAUUCGAUUGAUCUGGAGAAAAGAAGAAUUGCUAUCGAAGCGGAACAGGAUGCAAUGAAUGGCGGACUGGCGGCAGUCGGUCCAGGAAUGAGCAGCAAGAAGCGCAACCGACCCCCUAAAUUGGACCUCGGCGCCGUCAGGGAUGCUGAAGCUCGGGGAAGUCUUACAAGUUUACCUGACCUUAUUCGGCGUGCGACAAGGGUUGCAUCGAACCUGGAACAUGGGCGAACGGCCAGUAAGAUGGGGUUGUUGGAUUUUUUUGAUGGUGGAAAGGAACCUAAACGUCCAAAACCUGCUCACGCUCGCUCAUCAGCGUCUCUUUCCGAUAUCUUAGCUUCUUUUCCACCACCUCGCACUGGCACACCGGAUGACGGUGUACGAAGCUCAUGGCCAUUUCCACCAGGUAGACGUAUUUGUGGGUUGUCUCUACCACUUUUCGUCACUUUAAGUAUUAUCGCAUUUUUUAUCAUUGCAGCCGCUGUGAUCAUUCCUAUCGUUCUUGUCGUUCUUCCCAGAUCGACAGAUAAUACGGUAUCUACCGCUAGUCCUGCCAAUAUAACGAACAAUUCUACGACCAUAGAUUGCGGGCAAAUAUUACCAUGUAAGAACAGUGGUGUCAGCGUCUUAUCAAACAAUAGCUGUUCUUGUGUCUGUGUCGAUGGGUUCUCAGGUUCCCAAUGCGGAAAUGCUACAGAUGGAAGUUGUACCACGACACAAAUCUCCCAGACUGUCAAUGCCACCGUUGGGACCUCUCUUCCUCAUAUCUUUGCCGACUCACAGUCUAAUUUUAGCAUACCUCUGAACAGCACUGAGAUCCUCAGUCUAUUCAACGCCCAAAAUGUGUCUUGUACAGUGCAGAAUGCCUUGGUGUUUUUCAAUACCAAAGGCUCGAAAAGUCAACGCAGUUCUGCAACAGAAAACCAAGAGCCGCAGAUAACCAAAGCUUCCAGAUCGGACCAAGUGCGGCGGGAUAAUGGAGACAGCUCUUCUCUUGAUGCGCCACCUCCUAUUCUCAGUGUUCCAUCAACUACAACGAGUACUACUAAAAUAGGAGGUCCAAUGAGCGCAUGGACAUCAACAUCAACAUCUCAACCGACAGCUACAACGUCUACGUCAACAUCAACAGCCUCUGGGUCGACAUCAACGGGAUUGAGUCAGCAUAUCUUUGACUUUGCUCGGGUUGCCGUUUUGUUUAUUUUGGAACAAACACAAAAUGUGGAUACAGCAUCGACUGCACGAAGCGAUAUUGCUUUGUCGCUACUUUCUAAGUCAGAUGCUCCUGCCGGGAGCAUGAAAGUGGUUGCAAACAAACAAGAGAGCUUUGUUCUGAAUUUUGCCAACUUCACCAUCACAUUGCCGAACGGCACCGUGGUGGGU